AUGGCUGAAUCCAAACCAAAGAGAUAUGCGUUGUUGGCGCGUGACACCAACGAAACCAAAAUCCAGAUCGCGGUCUCGUUAGACGGUGGCUUCAUUUCCAUCGAAAACAGCAUCUUUCCUAACAGAUCAGUGGAGGAACAUGCCUCUCAAACCUCUCUGAGCCAGGUGAUCAACGUCCAAACUGGAAUUGGCUUCUUGGACCACAUGUUGCACGCAUUGGCCAAACACUCUGGCUGGUCCUUGAUUGUGGAAUGUAUCGGUGAUUUGCACAUCGAUGACCACCACACGGCGGAAGAUGUUGGUAUUGCCUUGGGUACGGCGUUCCACAAGGCCUUGGGCCAAGUCAAGGGUGUCAAGAGAUUUGGCAGUGGCUUUGCUCCUUUGGACGAGGCGCUUAGUCGUGCUGUGGUCGACUUGUCCAACCGUCCUUACGCUGUUGUUGAGUUGGGCUUGAAAAGAGAGAAGAUCGGUGAUCUUUCAUGUGAGAUGAUUCCACACGUCAUUGAGAGUUUCGCCCAGGGUGCUGCUAUUACCUUGCACGUGGACUGUUUGAGAGGUUUCAACGACCACCACAGAGCCGAGAGUGCUUUCAAGGCCUUGGCUGUGGCCAUCAAGGAGGCCAUUUCCUAUACUGGAAACAAUGACGUCCCUUCCACCAAAGGCGUUUUGUUCUAG